CCGAACAGUGACGCUCGCUGGGAUGUCGACAUCAUCAUCUCACUCAUCUGAAUCAGCGAGGAGCAAGCCUGGGAUUAAGCAUGAUAUAAGAAUUUCUUGUAAUAUACAUGGAUAUUGUACAUUCAUGGAUGAAAUCGCUCCACGGAUGAGGGCUGAACAUUGGAGGGCUUAUGGAUCCUCCAAUUUCAAAAAUUAUGUUAGUUUUGGUGCAAUUCCAGCAGACAAGGCUACGAUCAUGUUGCUUCUAGAUCAUCUGGAUUUAGCCACGGGGAAGUUUUUUUCAAGGAUAGCCAAACUGGGACUCCACAUGCGUAUACUUUUGAUGUAAA